CUUUUCAAAGUGCUCUCCAAAUUUCGAAUAAUGGUUGUCGCCCAGAGAGUGACGUAACAUCAACCAUAACACUUGCAGUCCGUAUGCCUGCAACGAUGGAAUAGGAAAAUAGCACAUUGCCGACGGCGUGUUGCUGAAAUUCUGUGUUCGAUAUGUGGAUCGGACACAACUCUCACGGCCUUGGUUGAUCUGGGAUCGGCAUCAAGCUGUGUGUGAUGACAGCGGCAGGUGGGCACGAGGCUUGGACCCAAUGCAGUUUGUGCCUGUGUGAAGAAAGAUUCGCCAAGCUAGGACACGGCACGAUCAGCUGCUCUUUCCUUCUGCUGCUUCUUUUGCAGCGGUGUCUUGUUAUGCUCUCCAGGAUCAACCGACAUUGUUAUCAUCAAUCAACGCUGUAUAUACCUAGGUACCUGCCAAGAUCAUAUACCGAGGUUUUGUGCUCCUCCAAACGUGAGAAGGUCGCAAGAGACUCAAUUGAUGGUUGCUUAUCAACCGCGGGACACAUGACUUGUGCCAAUCACCAUUUCACGCGGAUGAUGCGCACUCAGGUCUGGUAGCAAUGCCCAACUCAAAAUAUGCAGACAUCGAUGCAAGCGCACCGGCCAUAGGAUAGUAGAUAGACUAUGAGGUCCCAAUGCUUCGCG